GUAUUCUUCAGGAACUACCCCAGUAGAAGGAAGAAAAAGGGAAAUGUUAAUUUACAAAAUCCAGCUGGAAGAGAUAAAAUGCCAUGAAAGAAAUGGAUUCUGAAUCCUUGGAUGCUUGUAUUCAAAGUACUCUCUCAGCACUCUAUCCACCUUUUGAGGCAACAGCAUCCACAGUCCUCUGUCAGGUUUUUGAUGUAGUGGAGAAAACGUAUCGUGGUGACGGAUUGUGCUACUUCAUUGAUUUCCUUGUGCCUGCUAAGCACAUUCUGCAAUGCAUUCAACAAGAUGCUUGUUUUCAAUAUUGUGGAUUUCUAUUUCGUUAUGAAGGUUGGCCUUUAUGCAUCUGUGAAAAAAUUGUGAUACAGCUUUCUGCACUUGAUUGGCGAACUUUGCAACCUGGUGAUUUCUACCUUCAAGUGGUUCCACACCUGAAGAGAACACCACGUAUUGUAUUAAAAUGCCUUGCAACAGAUGGGUACAACAUAGACGAAGUAAUUAUUUCAGAGAUCACUUAUACUUCUAUCUUCACUAUGGAAUGGCUGGACAAUAUUAACAAGGAACGGAUGGGAACAGCUUUGCAAAAUUGCCUUUUGUCUGCUGACAGCAGUAUCUUGAGAGUACCUUGGGAAGAGGUAGUGAAUCCAGAAUUUGUUGAUAAACCAAAAAUGAUGGAAAGUGUGUCAUCAAGAAAAUGCAUUAUGGAUCAGGAAGUUGUUUGUAACAAUGCCAGCAAUGUACUAUUGAAUGAUUGGCUUCCUGAUUCUGGACUACAUUCUGAAACACCUCAAAAUCGAAGCACAAAAGAAAAAGAAUUGAAAACACGUUGCAUGCAUCCUGGAAUGGAGUUACAUAAUUCCCUAAGUAGUAUUGCAGAUUGUUUAGAUGUUUCUGUUAGUUCUCCAGCAAUUCCUCCUUAUGAACUUGAGGGGGAGUAUGUGGAACUUAGUCACAUUUCAUUAAGUGAAAGUGAUUCAUUUUCACAAACAAGUGGUUCAGACUUAAGAUUACAACAGAUAUUGAAAUCUGACAGGUCAUUAGGAGAAAUCUCUGUGGAUGCCUUAAGUAGUAGUACUCGUUCUAAAGAAUCAAACUGUCCAGAUUACAUGGUGGCAUCUUUAAACGUAAAGUCACAGUCUAAUUUAGACACAGUAAUGAACCAAUUUGACUUGCAUGUUAGAAACAAUGAGGAAUAUAAAUCACUUGCAGAUACUAUGGCAAACAAAAUGCCAUUUCAUAAGACUUGCACUAGUUGUGAAAAUGAGCCUUGUGCGUUUACAAAAGUAGAGUUGUCUUCACCGUUGGAAACUGACCUUCAGCCAGAAGGAAUUCAACAGGAGUUCAAGCCUUGCUGGGGAGACAUGCAUAUGCUAAUUAAACAGAUCACACAUACCACAAAAAACAAUUUAAGCAGUGGUAGUUUGGAACCAGUGGUUUGCAACCACACACAGACUUCCAUUCAAGAUUUACAAUAUCAGAAAUGUCAAGGUUCUUCAGGUGAUUCGUCGCCUGUGCCAUAUACUCAAUACAAAAUUGUUGGGAAAGAACACAAAGAAAUUGCAGAAAAGAAAUUGGAGAAAACUAACCAGAGUCUGUUUGAGGCAGAUGCAAUGGAAAAGAAGCAUGGUAAACACACACAAGUUCCAGAGCAAAACAGCACAUCACUGGUCUUUAUUAAUUCUGAUAAAGAGUUUUUCAGUCAAGCGACUAACUGUAAUUUAGCUAACACUGUUGAAUUUGUAAAUAUUCCUGUUGAGGCAUCUCCUAAAAGCUUAGAACAAGAAAAGACAACAAACCAGCUGUCAAAAUGUAUUGAGAAUGCACAGUUUAAUGGUCAGAAUCUUAAUCAAACUGUACAGUUUCCUAAAAAUGUAACUCAACCAGUAGCAGAUGUGCAAUUGGAUGGGUAUAAAAUCUCUUCAAUGCACUCUUUAGAUUCUGAAGACACUACUGAUUCUAAUUUAUAUGAGACUGUUGCACUUGCUGACAAUUCACAUCCUCCAUUGAAGGACAGCAGAAGGCAAUUAGUACUGAAGUCUUCUCAAAUGAUUGAAGGGAAUGUAGAUUGUGUCAUUCUGCAACUGGCUGUCUCAGGUACUACAGAAUUAAUAAAUGAAGAAAUGCAACCUGCAACAAAUGCUGAUGAUUUACAAUCUAAUUUAACAACGCAGUCUGAGUGUUGCAGAAAGCAUGGUUUUGAAUAUAUAACACGUUUGGAGAAAGAUCAUGUAUGUUGGACAGACAAAAAUAUGCAAUUGAAUGAGUGUUUUGUUAGUAAAGAAAGCACUAGUCAGCACUAUCAAGUCAAUGCAUUACAUCAGACGUCUGCACGUGUGGAUAAUACAAUUGCAGAUCAAAUGCAGAGUGAAUUCAAUAAAGAAAAACAAACUGAAACUAAUGAUCUGGACAUCACAGAAACUUGCAAUCUAAUACUUAAAAAAGUAAAUCCAGUACAAAGCAGUGGAAAUCUAUUCUUACAAGACAUAUCCAAUGAGAAUGUAGAGCUAGGGAAUGGUGAAUUUAAUAUUAAAAAGGAAGACAAGCACCAGGAUUACUCUACUGUUGAAGAGUACUGGUCAAAUAUAGUAAUGACAGAAUCUAAUACUGCCUACUCAACUACAGUUGAGAAUGAAAGACUUGAAACUCCUUGUGCACUUAUAGAUGGAAAUGAAAACAUGUCCUUUGCCAAUACAUCUGGGCAAGAUUCAAAGGAAUGCAAAAAUCAGUCAGAAACACAAGAUAGAGAAGAUUUAAUUGACGUAAAUUCUGAAAAGCGAGAAGGAUGCUUUGCUGACAAAAAUCAUCUAGAAGGACUUGAUUCAAAAACAAAUGAUAACGUGAACACAGACAAAAGUUUUGAUGAAGAAACUGCCAACUUAUCAGAUGAAUCUUCAACAACCUCAGAGAUUGCGCAGUGCAUUGACAGCAGGCAAGAAUUGGCUUCAGUCAAACAUUGUGAGACCUCAUCUUCCUUACCGCUCAAACCCAAUCUACGAACUCUGUCCCAAGAAAUCAACUUUGAUGUUCUCAAUUCAGGGGUAGCAUGUUUGACUGGAGCCAGAGACAAGUCUGGCCAUGCAAUUGUCAUAAUAACAACAAGAAACACAAUCUGGCUAAAUCCAAAUUGCAACGUCCCUGAACUUGUGCGGCUCCUUAUCUACUUUUAUAGUAUUCCCAGACAAGAUAUUCAGAGUGCAGGACUAACUAUUUUGGUGGAUGCCCGGCGUUGCUCUCCUGUACCAGCAUUGUUUAAGGCUUUCAAUAUUCUUCAGGCAAAAAUUCCAAAUGCUAUCCAUGCUGUUUUGCUGCUUGCUGAAAGAGAACUUACAUUCAGAUUUGAGAAACCAUCUUCAAUGCAGUUUGAACUUCUAACCUCAUUGAAGUCACUACAUAAACAUGUGGAAAGCCAUCAGCUGCCACCAGAAUUUGAUGGAACUCUCCCCUACAGUCAUAGUAACUGGAUGUGCUUUCGUAUGAAACAAGAACAGCUUAUACAGGUAUGUAAAGCAGCAAAGACUUUCCUCCAGGACAAUAUAAAGAGUCUGAAAUCAAGUAAACUACCAGAAACAGCUGAGGAAGCAAGUGCUCUGUUGCAGCAGUAUAGGCUCUUAAUGAAGAAUGUUCUGGAAGAUACAAGAUUAGUGAGACUGCAGCAUGAAGGAGGAGCAAUCCUGGCCAGACUGAGAAGAGAGGAAUCUUGUAUCGCAGGAACUGUAGUCUACAGAGACACAGUGGAAACUGUCACAGAAUUAUAUAACAAAGUGGAUGAGGGAAUCCAUGAGCUGGUUAUGUUAUCUAAUAAAUGCAUUCGGGAGCUAGAGUUUUUGAAAGAAUUCAGAACAUAUGAGAGCGAGUUUACGGAGGUGAGUAGUUGGAUAGAGCAAGUUGGAGAAAAGCAACUGGAAAGAUGUAACGAAUUGGAGGAUUCACUGGAUUCAUUGCAAAGGACACAGGGAGAGUUCAAGAGCUUUUGCAGUUUUGCUUAUGAGUAUUGCAGAAAAGGCAGAGAGCUUUUGAAGAAGCUGGAACAGUGGCAAGACUUCAAGUCACCAGCAUUGCAUGUUUUUGAAGAAAAGUUACAGACAUACAGAAAACAGUAUGAUGAAUUUGUUAAGAACCUCGAUGAAUGCAGACUAAAGAUUGACAAUACUUUAAAAUUGCACAAAUUCUUUGACAAGGCUUAUGAGUGGGCCCUAGAAGGUAUGCGACACCUUGCAUGCAUCAGCAUGGAUGACUGCAGUUCCCCAGAAUGCUGUGUGUCAAUUGUGAAAUACCUGGAAAAUCAUCAUCGUCAGCAUCCUGAAAUUCCAGAUGUUGAGUUUCAAGAAAUGAAAGAUUUGGCAUGUGAAUUAAAAAGUGAGAAAGGAAUUAAACAGUGGAAAUUUGCUUGGUCCAAAUGUCAAGAGACAAAACUUAUCUUUGAAAAGAAGCUGGAGACUGCAUUGCAAACAAGGACGUCAUUGCCAUCAGACCCUAGGCUUUCUGAUAUUAACACUAUGAAGAAUGAAAUUAUUAACUUAGGACAAAAGAGACAUUCAGGUGGAAUGGAGCAAAGAUUACAGUAUGAAAGGGGUACUGCAGGAUCCAGCAGUGGUAGUUGUUUACUCAACAGGUCAGCGCAUGGUGGAAUGUGGCAGAAAGAAAAAAACUCAUCACAAGCUUCAGGCAUUUUUUACAGAAAUAUAAAACAUAAGGAUGUUUUUAUACCAGAACCCAUUCUUGGCAAAAACUCUAGCCCAGGUUUCCAAGGCUUUGAUCAAACAGAAGCAGGGAAAACUUGCGCUCCAGCUUGUACAUCAACACCAGAUGCUUGUAGACAUUUGCAUAAUAUCUUUAAUGAAGCCUACUAUUGCAAUAAUGUUGACUCUUCUUGCAUAAUGUCUAGAUGUCUGUCAACACCAGAUCCCCAGAAUCAGCAUCUGAAAAAACUAUUACGGAAAGUGCAGAGUUUUGACUGUUCACCCAGUGAUACCCACAGGUAUAAUUCAUGUCAAAGAGCUUACAGUGAACCUGCAAGGCGUGGAAACACAGGGGUAUUCAUUAGAGGACUAGAAGUGAGCAGCACUGAACUUAAUGAUAGAUCUUAUACCCCCAAACAGCAAGCUUUAUUUGAUUGGACUGGAAAUCAGGCAGAAAGUCACAGAAGCUAUUAUGCCUUACGAGAUUCAAAGUCUAAGGGCAGUAAACUGAGACACAUUAUUGAUGAAAUGGUGACAACAGAACGCGAAUAUGUGAAAUCUCUCCGGUACAUUAUUGACAAUUACUACCCAGAAAUGGAACGUUUUGAUGUUCCUCAGGAUCUUCGAGGAAAACGCAAUGUUAUUUUUGGAAACUUGGAGAAGCUUUACAGCUUCCACAGCCAAUAUUUCCUGAAGGAACUGGAAAGUUGUGUAAACCACCCAUUACGUGCCAGCCACUGCUUCCUCAGACACCAUGACCAGUUUGGCAUGUAUGCACUUUACAGCAAGAACAAGCCCAAAUCUGAUGCUCUGCUAGCCAGCCAUGGAAACAUAUUUUUCAAGCACAAGCAAGUACAACUGGGUGAUAAAAUGAAUCUAGCUUCUUACCUGUUGAAACCAAUCCAACGUAUGAGCAAAUAUGCCCUGUUAUUGAAAGACUUGAUCAAAGAAUGCAGUGAAAUUCAGGAGCAAGAGCUUAACUACCUCAGAGCAGCAGAAGAGAUGGUUAAAUUUCAGCUUCAACAUGGUAAUGACUUGCUGGCUAUGGAUGCUAUUAGGGAUUGUGAUGUGAACUUGAAGGAACAAGGUCAGUUGGUUCGUCAAGAUGAGUUCAUUAUCUGGUUUGGGCGCAAGAAAUACCAGCGACACGUUUUUCUGUUUGAAGACCUCAUUCUUUUCAGCAAACCCAAGCGGAUUGAAGGUGGAUUUGAUGUCUAUAUCUACAAACAUUCCUUUAAAACAGCUGAUAUAGGCUUAACAGAAACUAGUGGUGAAAGCGGUGUACGUUUUGAAAUCUGGUUUCGUCGACGGAAAUCCAAUGAUACGUAUGUUCUUCAGGCGAGUUCAGAAGAAGUAAAACAGGCCUGGACAAAAGAUAUUUCGAGCAUCUUAUGGCAGCAAGCGACCAGAAAUAAAGAAGUACGAAUGCAGGAAAUGGUGUCUAUGGGAAUUGGUAACAAACCAUUCUUGGAUAUCAAACCAAGUGAGGCUGCAAUCAAUGAUCGAGCCAUCGAUUAUUUCAUGAAGGGCAGAGGAGCACGAACCAGAGCUUCAAUUGCAGUCUCCUUAUUCGACCACACAAAUCCAUUUAGAAGGACACAGAACAUUUCAAGUAACAGCAGUCCCUCAGCAGGUUGUCCAUCCUCGUCCUCACUUUUGGGGCCGCUGAAUCUCCAUAUGUACACUAAGCAAGCAUUGCUGUCAGGGGUGAACGCUGCAUUGGCCAAAGAACGACCAUUUGAUGUCAACACUUGCAUUGAGGAGGAUGAACUGGAACAUGAAACAAGCAGCCAACCCUCCAUGACUACUGAAAGCUCAGAGUCUUCUUUUCACUAUAUGUCUGGCAGUGGCUCUAGUGGAUCUGAUAGUGGCUGUGUCUCAAGUCUACUUCCUGAAAACCUGUCUGAAGAUACUGGAUCUCCUUCUGAUAUAUCAGCCUCAUAUUUUUUCCCAGGAUCCAAACACAGUUCUAGUACCACCACUCCACUGGAAGACAAGCCUCGUUUCUCUAACAGCCAGUAUAUUUCAGCGGUUUGACACUUCUUUGGUAUUCUGCAUGUUAUGUGAAGACACGUGUAACUCUUAAAGAGCCAUUGAAGAGUAGAACCAUCAGCUUUCCACAUACUUUGCACAUCACACCAAAACAGAAUGUGAUGUGGUACUUACUAGAAUUUUUUUGUGCCGUGAUCGUAUUUGGAAGUCUAUGUGGCUGAGCAGCUUUGACCAUUGGACAUUGAAAUCUGUUUUUCCUUGCAGUUCAUAUAUAACAUUUUCCCAAAUUGUAAAUAUUAGUUACCAUUUCCGUGCAGAUCUUGUGUUUUGUUUGAUCCAAGUUUUGAGCAGUUUACAUAGGCAUUGAUUGUUAGCUAAUUUCUAGUACAUUGCAGUUGAAAACUUAGUUGGGAUACUUGAUUAAAAUGGUUGAUAAAGGAUUCCUUUCACAAAAUAAAACAUUAAUUGUCACAUUGGCUAAGGGUAGCCUAGUGACAAGAUGAUUUGGUGAGACUAACGAGAUACUGAAGACAGAGGAGUUUUUAACUCCUGUUUGACAAUUAAAUGUAGUGCAUUUAUUUCACUAAAUAUUUGUUUCUGUAAAUAAUGUAUUUGGCACAAGUGGUGCUGGUUUAUUUUGGGCAAGAAAAAUAAAUUUAAUUUUUUUCCAAUACUAAAUUAAAUAGGGAAAUCACUUAAGUGCCAUUGAUAAUUUCAUCCAGUUAAAAAAAACUGAUUUAUUUUGCUGAGAAGAGUUUGCAUUUGCUGUCAUGUCGUUUAAUAUGCUUCUACACAUGGGCAAUUUCAAUAUUUAAUAAACAUGAGCGGUUUUGUUUCUAGUUGUGAUCAUUAUUCACGAAUCUUUAUCAAAUGAAAUAUUAUUCGUUCAAGAAGAGUGGACAAAUUAACAAAGCAACAACUUUGUAAAAUGUUUAUUUAAGCUUACAAGGUUUGAACUAUAAGAACCUAAAUGGGUUGACAUAGAACAAGUAGUGCUGCUUGCUGUGCAACCAUUGUUCACAUAUUUAUUACAGGAAGAUUCUGCAUACCAGAAUUAGAGCCAUAUGAUUUCUUAAUGUGGCAACAUGCUAAACAACCCUGUAGAGCUUAAAACAAAAGGGUUUGGCAUGGUUGUCCCAUUUGGACCUCUUCGUAGACAGAAGACUGCUACCAGCUGUGUAUUGUUUCUCUGCUUUAUGUACUCAAGAUAAACUCAGUAUGCCAUUGAGGAAACCCUAACAAAAUUCUGGCUGAAGUAUGAAGGGGCCGGCACAGAUACCUAUAGCAUAAGCUCGCUGUGAAUAAAGGGAUGCAUUGCAUGACGGGGGUAGGGGUGGCUCUAGCCUUCAAUCAUCUGCCACCAAGAACUCUAGGAAAAGCCUGCUAGUCAAUAAAAAUCAGCAGCAUUCAAGUUCAUUUCCACCCAGAAUACAGCUCAAGAAAGCAGCAUUUUUGACAAGCAAGACAUUAGCUCUCUUCAAAUAACGUGGACUGCAACUCACAUAGAGCUAUGGUCACAGCUCCUGCUAUGUCGGCAUCUUCCUGCCCUGCCCAAAUUUUUUAACAUACCUUUUUCUGCACCUUAAGGCUUCAGGAAUCUCCAAGUCUCGCAUUCUGAUAGAUGUAAAAACAGGAUCAUUCCAGAGUUAAAAGUAAGGACCAUUUGCCUUAAGCAAAGUGUCCCAUUCCAAAUUCAAGGCACAGAGUCAAGCUUGGAUAAUAUAAUCGAGUUGUUAAUGCCUGCAAGGUUGCAUCACUCAACACGUAAAAUAUUAAAACAGCGACUACAUCUCUUACAUAAAGUUAAUGUUAAAGCUUCUGCUACACAAAUAUGCUGAAUGGUUUUCAUUGUGAGGCAAAUACACUCUAAAUUGCAAGUAAUUAAUAAGUUUUAACAUCAGAUUUUCACUUAAUUGGUUGUUUAUACUGCCAAAUUGUUGUAACAUCCAGCAGAUAGACUUGCAGCUUCUAGAGAUGACUUUAAAAAAUUCUUCAAACUAUUAAUCUGUUCUCUGACCCAAACACCAACAUAUUUAGAACUUUACUUUUGCAGAAAAACAUGCAUUUUUAGUUAUGACCUGUAUUUUGCAAGUUUAGCAAAACUCUCAUAUUUAUGUGGCCAAAUUAAAAAUUACGUUUAAUUUAUACAAAAUACAUGUUCAAGCCAAUCUUGUGAAAAAAGUGGUUGGGAUCAGUGUUUUGUAAUUAG